AUGCUAUGGGAACAGUUUUUGAGUGAAACAUAUAAAUUAUUGUGGGAAAAAUGGAUCAAGCUUUUUAUUUAUAACAUUGGAGAAGUUAAAGAAACAACUAAAAUGUGUAUGCAUCUUAUAUUUCAGGGUUAUUUCAGUAAAAUAAUAAACACUAGGAAAAUACAUCUUGUUAAUUUAUAUGUUAAGUAUAUUUGCAAUCAUGUAAUUACAAAGUUUGGUAAUAAACAACAUAAAGGUAUAAAAUUAAAAAACCCUAUUAGUGAUUUGUUUUCUAAAUAUAUUAUGAACAAAAAAAUAGAAAAAAACACAAUUACACUAUACAGUUAUAAGAAAAAAAGUGAUUUAAUAACAAGUGAUGUGAAUUAUAGCACAAAGAAAAUAUGCCCAUUGGAAUCAAGUGAUGAACAUUGUGUAAUUAAUCUAUAUAAUGAAAUAUAUCCGCAAGAUGAACUGAACACAUCUUUAAAUAAAGAGAAACCAAUAAAAUGUGAAUCAAAUUGUAACAUAACUGAAUAUAGUGAAUAUGAAAAAUGUUAUGAAAGUGAUAAGGCAACAAAUAGCAGCUCAUGUUUUGGAAAUAGUAUGUUAAAUUUUGAAACGUUAGAAUAUGACGAAGAUGAAGUAAAUGAAAAUAUAAAAAAUUGCUAUUUGUACAAUGGAUACAUAAAUGCAAGCAUGUAUAAAAAAUCCGGAGAAUAUAAAUUUUUAAAAAAUCAUUUGAAUGAAGAUAAAAACAUAACUUUAAAUAUAGAAAUUGAUGCCUCGUCACAAAGCUACAAUGAAGAAACAGAUCAAGAAGGCAAACUAGAAGGGAAUUAUGAGAAAAACAACCACGAAUUAAAUGAAGAAUAUAAAAGAGGAAUAAGGGUAAAAAAAAAAAAAAUAUAUGAAAUUUAUAAUACAGAAACCACAACAUUGGAAAAUAUGUACUAUGAAAACUAUUUAAACGAAAACUAUUCUUCAUCAUAUGGUUAUACAAGUGAUAACAGUGAUGAUAUAAAUGAAAGUGAUUUCAUCGAUAAUGAUUUUAACCAUAAUAAUUUAAAUGAUAAAUACCAACAAAAUAGUUGGUGUCAAUACAAUAUAAAUAAACAGUUUUGA